AUGGCUGAGGUGUCUCUCGGGAUGUUCUACUUCGUCUGUCAUAAGAAGGCAGUUGAAUUUAGUGCAGAAACCAACGGAUGCAGUGCGCCUGCUGCUUUCAGGGCCGCUUGGCACGGGCACAAAGGACUGUGUUCUGAUGUAGCCAAGGCGAAGUACGUAGAUUUGGCGCUGCACCUCGGACUGAUCCCGCCUCGAGAAGUGAAGGGUUCAGCAGCAAAGGCAGGGGGAGCACGAUUAGGGCCGGUGUUCAGCAGGCCAACUUUGAGUGGAGAUGGAGGCUACAACACGAGCUCAAAGGGAGACAGCUUCUGCUGCAUGGUUGCUGAGGGCAAGUUUAACGCCGUCCGUGAGGCAUUAAUGGAAGACCCUUCUUUGGUGCAUGCGACGGGUGAAGGGGGAAUGACGGGGCUUCAUUUUGCGGCGGACAGAGGGCAUGCUGAUAUCGCCAGGAUGCUUCUUGAAUGCGGCGCGAAGGUGAAUCUCCAGGACGAGUGCGGGGAAACUCCUCUGCACGUUGCACUUGCAGCGGAGCAGCAGGAGCUGAUCUCGAUAUUGAUUGAGGCCGGGGCAGACACGUCUCUCAAGAACAGUGAGGGAAACAGUUGUGCCGAUUUGCUGAAGGAGGAAGAACACAGAUUGAAGGACAGAGGGCAAGAAGACAGCGCCAAAUGA